GGGAGGGAGGGCGGGCGAGGGGAGAGGACUGAACACCGGGAACCAGACGGGCCGGGCCGAGGGGCGGCGGCGAAAGGCAGAGCGCAGCGAUCUCUGUCGGGAAGCGCAACCUCCUCGGGCCCCGCGGGGCCGCGCAGGGGGCGUUCUCAAUCCCGCGCCCGCUCCCUCUUUCCAUCCCCUGCCGCCCGCAGGCCACCCCGGGGCCCGGUUAUCCGCGCGCGCGUACCCGGGCUCGGGCCCGUCCCCGGCCCUCGAGGGAGUCGCUGCCCUCACCGAGACCUCUGCAGCGGCCGCACCAGAGGCCGCCCGGGCAGGACCCCGGCGUGAGCAUCGAGCGCCCCCCAAGGAGUGCACGACCCCCGGAGCCACCCUCAACACGGACCGCGCCCGCCGGGCACACAAGAAUGGUCACUCCUAUGCAGACCUGAUUGAUCUGUCACCACCAAGCCCCUCCUCACUCCCACUGGUCCCUGGUGUGGGAACUGGGCCGUGAGUGGGUGCGGCCUGUUGUCUCCAGCAGAUACUCGGGGCCAUGGAGUCUCAGGUGGCGGGGGGCCCGGCUGGCCCGGCCCUGCCCAACGGGCCACUCCUUGGUACAAACGGAGCCAGUGAUGACAGCAAGACCAACCUCAUCGUCAACUACCUGCCCCAGAACAUGACCCAGGAUGAGUUCAAGAGUCUCUUCGGCAGCAUUGGUGACAUUGAGUCCUGCAAGUUGGUUCGGGACAAGAUCACAGGGCAGAGCCUCGGCUACGGGUUUGUGAACUACUCUGACCCCAACGAUGCAGACAAAGCCAUCAACACCCUCAACGGCCUCAAACUGCAGACGAAGACCAUCAAGGUGUCCUAUGCCAGACCCAGCUCCGCCUCCAUCCGGGAUGCGAACCUGUACGUCAGCGGGCUCCCUAAGACCAUGAGCCAGAAAGAGAUGGAGCAGCUCUUCUCCCAGUACGGCCGCAUCAUCACUUCUCGCAUCCUGGUGGACCAGGUCACAGGUGUCUCUCGGGGUGUGGGAUUCAUCCGCUUUGACAAGAGGAUUGAGGCCGAGGAGGCUAUCAAAGGACUGAACGGGCAGAAGCCGCUAGGUGCGGCCGAGCCCAUCACGGUCAAGUUUGCCAACAACCCGAGUCAGAAGACCGGGCAGGCCCUGCUCACUCACCUCUACCAGUCCUCCGCCAGGCGCUACGCAGGCCCCCUGCACCAUCAGACACAGCGCUUCCGGCUGGACAAUUUGCUCAACAUGGCCUACGGAGUCAAGAGUCCCCUGUCGCUCAUCGCCAGGUUCUCACCCAUCGCCAUCGACGGCAUGAGCGGCCUCGCGGGCGUGGGCCUGUCGGGGGGCGCGGCGGGCGCUGGCUGGUGCAUCUUCGUGUACAACCUGUCUCCGGAGGCGGAUGAGAGUGUGCUGUGGCAGCUGUUCGGGCCCUUUGGGGCAGUCACCAAUGUCAAGGUCAUCCGCGACUUUACCACCAACAAGUGCAAGGGCUUCGGCUUCGUCACCAUGACCAACUAUGACGAGGCGGCCAUGGCCAUCGCCAGCCUCAACGGCUACCGCCUGGGCGAGCGCGUGCUGCAGGUGUCCUUCAAGACCAGCAAACAGCACAAGGCCUGAGCCACCGCCGCCCUCCCCACCCUUCCCGGGCAGCAGAGACAGAGAGAGAGAGAGAGAAAGAGAGAGAGAUUGAGAGAGAGAGAGAGACAGGGGCCCGAGAGAGACAGCGCAGGCAGACCACGGACGGCACGAGGGCCCCGUGUCCCUGCAGAAGCCACAGGGUGAGCACUCGGUGGGAGGGUCUGCAGGGAAUGGGAGGGCUCCUGGGGGUCCCCCACCCCGUCCUCCUGCCCCUCCCCCCCAGGCUGGGCUGUUCACUCUCUCGUCUUGGUUUUGUUCAUGGUGAAGGUUUUUGUUUCCUUUUUCGGCUAAAGUGAAAGCAGAGACGUGCCCCCAGCACACCCUCAACCACCCUCCGUGGAUGGCUUGGGGGAGGGGUGCUGGGGGUGCCCUCCCAGGCCCCCUUGCCCAGGCCUCCCCAACACCUAGGUGAGCCUGAGAGGGGGGAGCAGGUUUAAAAAUCCCCAAAAAAGCGAAACGUGAGAGGUGUGUGGGCAUCCCUGGCCCAGAGCCCCUUGGUGGAAUGUGAGGGGCAGGGGGAGGGGCUGGAAACAGAAACACAAUGAAAAAAAGGGGGGGUGGGAGGGGAAGAAAAACUCUAUUUUUGUAAAAAGGGAAAAAAGACCUCGUGGAGAAUUUUUACUGGGGAUUCUUGAACUUGAAAAAAAAAAAAAACACAAAAAAAGACAAAAAAAAAAAAGAAAAUAUUUUGGCAGGUUAUGUUUA